UGCGAGGAAAGGGGGUUUGGGUGGAUUUCGAAAGCCCUAAUUUUUGCCGUUGGACAAGGGGUGAUGGCAAGCGAGAAGCCGCGGGAAACCCUAACCCUAGGGAAGCGGAGGUCGGUUGAAGAGGGGGCGACGGAGGACGAGGAGGAGGGGGAGGAGGAGGAGGAGGAGGAGGGGGAGAUCCAAGAGCUGGAGCGGGAGGUGGGUGAGAUGGCCCGCAGAAUACUCAAUUUCCGGAGGACCAUCCCGGAGGGGCUCGUGGAGGCCUUCUCCUCUCGCCUCGUGGCUCAGAGACCACUCCUUCCGCCGCAGCUUGGAGCUAGCUCAUCUCCAUCCCAAGCCCUGGUGGGCGCUGAUUCCGGAGCUGAUGUAAGAGCGGAAUCUGAGUUGAAUGAGGGGACAUGUCUUGCAGAAGCUGAUCGGGCGAUGCUUGAGAAGUUCCAUAUUUUCAAAGCCAAGACGGCUAGCAAUGUUGCUGCAAUGCCCAUCAUUUUGAAGAGAUUGAAUGAAUGCAUUGCAAGGAUUGAUAAACUAGAUCAGUAUAAUGUAAACAUACAUUCCGUUUUCAGAAGAAAACGGAAGUAGUGAUCAAUAACGUUCUGUUUUACAAUUGUGAUGUAUAUUUUAACAAAUCGAAAAUGAGUGUGUUUUGGGUGUACCAUCUGUACUCUGUAUCCUGGUAUCAAGAAUCAUUGGUUUGAUGGAAUUUGGUGAAGAGAACGUGACUCAAUCUGGACCAAAAUGUCUCCAUUGUUCCCUUGGAAAAUGAAAGAUCCGUGGUCUUUUUGUGAAA